AGUACUUAGUAAAAUUUUAGAUCAAUUCCCUGUGGGAUCGAUACUCUGCUUGCUAAUAUACUAUCUAUUCGAUACGUAUACUUGCGUAGUAGAAUUUUAACUGACAAGUUUUUGGCGCCGUUGCCGGGGAAUUGUUUCUAGAAUUUAUACUGAUACUAAUACCAAGCAAAUUAGUCUUAAUUCAAAAUUUUUUUAUUUUAUUUUUAGGUACUUUUGGUUGAGGUGAUGAAUUAUAGUAACUAUCGGUGGACAUCUGAACAAUUUGUGCCUAGGAGGGUUGUUAGUGAUUAUGAAUUGGCUAUCAGUGCUUUGGCCACCGAAGUUGAUGCUUUGUCUCAAAAAAUUGAUACUUGGGGUAUUAAUGUUUUUCAAAGUCCUUUUGUGGCAUGCGAGCUUUGUGGAGAUAGGCAUUCAAGUGAUUGUUGUCCAACCUAUUCUGAAUCAAUGCAAUUUGAUGGAAGCUUCAAUGGGCAGCAAAACAAUUCAUACUCCAACAGUUACAACUCAUGGUGGAAUCACCCAAAUUUUUCAUGGAGUAAUGAUCAGGAUCCUACAUAUUCAUCACAACCUAUUUUUCAGCAUGAUUUCCAGUCACAAGUUAGAGCCCCUAUACUUGAGAAGAAGCUAACUUUGGAGGAUAUGCUGAUACAGUUCAUGACAAAGAAUGAUGCCAUCAUUCAAAGUCGAGCAGAAUCAAUCCAAAAUCUUGAGACUCAAUUAGGCCAACUUGUUAAUUACAUCAACAAUAGGCCUCAAGAAAUUUUACCAAAUGACACUGAGCCUAAUCCUAGAAAAGAAGAAUAUGGUAAGCAUCUUGAUGAGAUAAAUGGCAAGAAUGUGGUAGAUGAUGAAGAUAAAGUAGAUCAAGGUAACACUUCCACCAAUCAAGUUCGAGAUGAAAAAAUUAAGCAAGAGGAGGAAGUAUUUACACCACCACAAGUCAAGCCAUAUGUGCUUCCUAUUCCUUUCCUAGAUACAGCUGCUAAGUUACCUAAAGCGGCUAUUGAUAUGGAAAAUCCAAAGAAACUCCUUGAAGCUUGUUUGGUUCAAGUGGCAACAACAAAGGACCAGAAUGAAGAACUCACAAAUGUUACACAUGUUUUGAAGGCUACACCAAAAGUGCAUUAUCCAAGAAGAACUCAAUUUGAGAAGUUAGAUUUGGAAAGCAUGAAGAUGAGGAGAAAGAAGAUUAGAGCUUUCAAGGCACUACCACCAUUGAUAGGGAAGUUUCUUUUUCUUAUUCUUUUUAACUUUUCACAUUGAGGACAAUGUGCAAUUUAAGUUUGGGGGAAGGUUUUAUUGUUAUUAGUUUUUGUGAUAGUUUAGGUUAAUUUAUUUUUGUUAUU